AUGACGUUAGAGCAAGUGGAGGCUAACCAAGCUACCAUGAGGUCAGACAUCAAUACGAUCCAAGAGAAAAUGGAUCAGCUGCUGGAAACAAUGCUCGCCAUCGCCCAGAGAGAGAGGGUUGCGGAUGCAGAAGAUGAGGCUAGAAGGAAUGAUAACCCAUCAAGUUUGGUCCACCCAGAUGAGGGCUAUGUCCAUGCCAAGAAGAGUCUGGUUCACAUACCAAUAGGAAGCAAAGGAGAGGGGGAUCGUGCAGAGCCUUCUGAGGCGCCUGCUCAUUAUGGGUCCGAAAUAGGCGAUGACCCAUACGAAGCUUUCUAUGUGCCUGAUCAUCCGAAGCCUAAGACACUUCCAGACCCAUCUGCAGAUAGGCUUCGUGCCUUGGAAAAGAAGGUCAAGGCUAUCGAAGGGAAUAAUAUCUUCGGUGCCUCCAACAUGAACAUGCGCUUGGUAUCAAAUUUGGUCAUUCCGGCUAAAUUUAAAACUCCUGAUUUCGAAAAAUACCAAGGCCAGACUUGCCCAAGAAGUCACCUAGUGAUGUACUUCAGGAAAAUGGCUGCUCAUACCGAAAAUGACAAACUGCUUAUACACUGUUUCCAAGAUAGUUUGAGUGGAGCAUCUCUGAGAUGGUAUAUGAGUUUAGAGCAAGGGCGGAUUCAAAGCUGGGAAGAUUUGGCUGAUGCAUUUCUCCGUCAGUACAAGUAUAAUUUGGAUAUGGCACCUGACCGAAUGCAGUUGCAAGGCAUGGCAAUGAAAGAAAAUGAAUUGGUGAGUAGUGCGGCAUCCGAUUUUGCGCAUCUGGUCACAAUCGGAGAUCGUAUAGAAAAGGGUCUGAGGGAUGGAAAGAUUUCAGGAGCCGUGGCCACCUCUAGCGCACCGAAAAAGUAUUCUGGAGGCUUUCAGAAGAAAAAAGAAGGUGAAACGAAUGCUGUAUCUAGAGGCUAUAAGGGGAAGCAACAGGCUUCAUAUGGCCAAGUCGCUGCCGUGGUACCCAUACCUUAUCAACAACCCAUACAACAACAACCAAUGUAUCAACCACAACAUCAACAACCUCGUCGACAACAGAACACAGCACCACCAAGACAAUUCAAGCCAAAGCCUCCAAGAAGGCAACUUGACCCUCUACCAGUACCUUACAGCCAAAUAUUCCCAUAUUUGCAAAAGGAGGGUCUUCUGACAUUGAGGGAGCUGAAACCGGCUGUUCUUCCAUAUCCACCAGGAUAUGAUGCUAACGCACAUUGUGAAUUUCACAUGGGAGCGCCCGGCCAUACCCUGGAGAAUUGUUUUGCAUUCCAAAAUAGGGUACAAGACCUGAUUGAAGCAAAAGUUGUUACCUUCACUCCAAGACGCCCGAACGUGAACACUAAUCCCAUGCCAACACAUGGAGGUGCUUCCGUCAGUGCCAUAGAGGAGAGUGAUCAAGGAGAACUGAUUCUUAAGGUUGAAGAGAUUCAAACCCCUAUCACCAUGAUAGGGGCACAACUGCUAAAAAGUGGUCUAGUCUCAGAGGAGCUAGUCAAUGAUGAGAAUGACAAAGGGUUGAGGAAUUUUAUACAACAAAUGCUGGAUCGAGGCGAGUUACAGAUCAGUCGCCGUGCUAAGAACAAAGAAGAGAAAGAGAUAGCCGUUGUGGUGGAUAUCCUUUACGAUGAAGUUAACGUGGACAUCCCUUUUGAUAAGGUUAACGUGGACAUCCCUUUUGAUAAGGUUAACGUGGACAUCCCUUUCGAUGAGGUUAACGUGGACAUCCCUUUCGAUGAGGUUAAUGUGGCCAUCCCUUAUGAUGAGGUUAAUGUGGAAAUCCCCAUAAACCCCUUGGUGAUAGAGUUUCCAGCGCCGUUCGCAUAUGAGGAUGAGAAGGCGGUACCAUGGAUAUAUCAGCCCAGAGCUUUUAAGCAAGGGCAGGAAGACCAACCUGUGGUAAUCAACGAACCAAAUGUUACCUCAAUUGUGGGGCCAGCCGGCAUAACGCGUAGUGGCCGAGUGUUUGCACCAAGGGCUGUUGAUGCUUCUACAAAAGCCAAAGGGAAAGAAAUUGCUACUCCUGUCCAAAUUCCUGUCCCUAGUCGAGAAAUGCAAGACAUGCAUCUGUCGCCUAAAGCUGCGGUCACUCGAGAGGAGGCUGAGGAAUUUUUAAGGAUAAUCAAGAAAAGUGAUUAUAAAGUGGUAGAUCAGUUGAAUCAGACACCUUCGAAAAUCUCCAUGCUAUCUCUGUUGCUCAACUCAGAAGCACACAGGAAUUCAUUAUUGAAAGUGUUAAGCGCAACACAUAUCACGAAAGACAUAACAACAGAACAGUUUGACGAUGUGAUAGCUUGUGUAACCACUGGAAAUUUUUUGGGGUUUAAUGAUGAUGAGUUGCCAGUUGAGGGAAAGAACCAUAACAAGGCCCUACAUAUCUCCUUGAAAUGCAUUGACACUAUACUAUCAAGGGUAUUAGUAGACACAGGUUCCUCACUGAACGUCAUGCCAAAAACCACGUUGAUAAAGCUGCCGAUGGAAGGGAUGAAUAUGAAGCCCAGCACCCUAAUUGUGAAAGCAUUCGAUGGCUCAAGACGAGCAGUGAUAGGAGAGGUUGACCUACCAAUCAAAAUAGGCCCAACUUUCUUCAAUAUCACAUUCCAGGUUAUGGACAUACAUCCCGGUUAUAGCUGCUUACUUGGGAGACCAUGGAUCCACUCUGCAGGUGCCGUCACCUCCACUUUACACCAAAAGCUAAAAUUCAUUACCGAUGACAAGAUGAUUGUGAUUGGAGGGGAGGAGGAUAUCUUGGUUAGCCACUUAACAUCUUUCCGAUAUAUCGAAGUGGAUGGCGAGAUAACCGAGACACCAUUCCAGUCCUUGGAAGUGGUAAAUAUGAUGGCUGUCCAAAAGACAUUGGAGACUCCGAAGUCAGGACCGUCCAUGGCCUCGUGGCAAGGAGCUAAGGCUGUGAUAGAAAGUGAAAACACUCAAGACUGGGGCAAAGUGGUGGAAGUGAACCAGAAGCGAGACAAGUUUGGGUUAGGGUAUGACCCGUCGUCGAUUGAAGCUAGUAACCACCACGAUGGAGAGCAGAUUCCUCCUGUAAAAGAAACGUUCAUCAGCGCUGGCCACAUUUUUGGAAAUCAGGUAGCCAUGAUCAAUGUUGAAGAUCAUGAGGAAGGAGCGUCUAGCUGGAUACGACAAGUCGCGCCUAAUGAAGAACUGACAAACUGGAAGGCUGUUGAAGUCCCUCAAAUUUUUCAAAAGUAA